AUGGAAUGCUCAAGAGUCUUUACAUUUCUCUGUUUUUCAUUGAGUUUCUUGGUUUUGGGAACCUAUGAACUACAAUCCUCCCAAACCCAAGUACUUUCGCAGCUAAGGAGGCAAUUAGAGUACCCAAAACAGUUAGAUUUAUGGCUCAACACUAGCACAGAUUUCUGUUAUUUGUCAACCCCUCAGGUGAACAUAACUUGUCAAAACAAUUUGGUUAUUGGGAUCAUAAUCUUUGGUGAUAAGCGAAAAAGGGUUAGUAAUUUUAAUGGAUUUCGAGUUUUGGAUGGAACGUUGUCACCAAAUUUCUCCAUGGAUUCUCUUGCAGCUACCCUUUCUAGGCUAAAUGGAUUGAAGUCCCUUAGUUUGGUAUCAUUAGGCAUUUGGGGUUCAAUCCCUGAUAAAAUUCAUAGAUUACAAUCACUUGAAUACUUGGAUUUGAGUUGGAAUUUUCUAUAUGGUUCUAUUCCUCAAACACUUUCAAGAAUUGGCCAACUUCAGAUUCUUAAAUUGGACGGGAAUUUCUUGAAUGGAACCUUUCCUGAUUGGUUUGAUUCGUUUUCAAAUUUUACUAGUUUAAGUUUGAGGAACAAUCUUUUGAGUGGCUCAUUGCCAUCUUCGAUACAAAGGAUUACCACUUUAACAGCUCUUGUUUUGUCAAACAAUGCAAUUUCUGGGAUGUUACCGGAUCUUAGUACCUUAUUGAGCCUACAAUGGCUGGAUUUAAGCAAAAACAAGUUUGACUCUGAACUUCCAAUUAUGCCGAAAGGACUGAAAACAAUUCUGCUAAACAACAACUCCUUUUCUGGGAGAAUUCCUCAGCAAUAUGGUCAACUGAAUCAACUUCAGCAAAUUGACCUUUCUUUCAAUGUCCUUGAAGGGACACCUCCUGCAGGACUUUUUUCGUUGCCCAAUAUAAUUUCUUUAAACUUGGCGUCAAAUAUGUUGAGUGGGUCGCUUCCUGUGCGAUUGAAUUGUGGCGCUAAGCUUGGAUCAGUCGAUAUUUCUAACAAUAAAUUGAGAGGUCUAUUGCCUUCCUGUUUGAGCUCUGUGAUAAAAACUAGAGGUAUAAAGUACGGAGGUAAUUGCCUGUCGAUUGAUCUUAGUCAUCAGCAUCCAGAAACUUAUUGUGUAGAACCCCACGACGAGAAGAAAAAAUCUGAAGGGAAAAAUUUGGGAGUAUUAAUUGGCAUCAUUAGUGGAGUUAUUGUUAUUAUGGGGCUUUUGGCCUAUGGAUUUCUUGUUUUGUGUCGACAAUAUUGUCCUCGACGGACAUCGGAGCAGCAUUUAUUGCAUAAUUCAGUGCAAGAUAACUCUGUCACGGGGUUCACUUCCGAGCUUUUAACAAACGCUAGGUUUAUCUCUGAUGCAGCAAAGUUACGCUCACAAGGUACACCCGCUCAUCGCCUGUUUUCAUUAAAUGAGCUAAAGGCUGCCACGAAUAAUUUUGAUAAGUCCACCUUGAUGGGUGAAGGUUCGACUGGAAAGAUGUACAAAGGAAGACUGGAAAACGGGACUCAAGUAGCUAUACGGUGCCUAACUGUAUCAAAAAGAUUUACAAUUCGAAAUCUCAAACUAAGACUCGAUUUGUUGGCUAAGCUCCAGCAUCCUCAUUUAGUUUGCCUCUUGGGGCACUGCAUCCAGAAUGAAGGAAAGGAUGAAUCUGGUGUAAACAAUGUCUACCUCUUAUACGAAUAUGUACCCAAUGGAAAUUAUCAAGCUCGUCUUUUGGAAACUAAUCCCGAGAAGGUACUCAAAUGGUCCGACAGACUGGCAAUUCUGAUUGGUGUUGCCAAGGCUGUACAUUUUCUUCACACUGGAAUUAUUCCUGGUUUCUUCAAUAAUCGAUUGAAGGCGAACAAUAUAUUGCUGAAUGAGCAUUGGAUGGGAAAGCUGAGUGAUUAUGGACUGUCAAUUGUAGUCCAAGAGAUUGAUGAGCACAAGGCAGAAGGAGGCCUUAAAGCAUGGCAUAUAAAGAGCUUUGAGGAUGAUGUUUAUAGCUUUGGAUUGAUAUUACUCCGGUCGCUUAUCGGUCCUUCGUUCUCUGCGAGAAACGAGGCAUUUUUGGUUAAUGAGAUGGUUUCUUUAGGUACUCCUGAUGGCCAGAGGCGAAUAGUUGACCCAUCUAUACACACGUCUUGCUCUCAAGAAUCUCUAUCGAUUAUCAUAUCCAUAGCGAACAAAUGCAUUUCUCAGGAAUUCUCGACUCGUCCAUCUUUCGAGGAUGUUCUUUGGAACUUGCAGUAUGCAGCUCAAGUUCAAUCAACAGCAGAUGGAGAACAAAGAUCUUGA